CUGGCAGCGCGGGUGCCCGCCGUCCUCGGGGACCAUGUCUUUCCGGGAGAAAAACUGGUCUAAGCUGUCCAGCCUGGCCAAGCAGUGGUCGCUGGAAGAUGAAGAGGAGGUGAAGAGGGAACGACGGAGAAGAUACCGCAACUUGAGUUCCUCUACAGAUGAUGAAGCCCCCAGUAGUGGCCAGCAGGCAGUGGAGAGGCUCCCCAGUGUGGAUGAGGGCAAUGUCCUCAAGUUGUCAUCACCACCCUCUCCUGACCAGGACGAAGCUUUCGAGGCUGUACUGCGGACGGGAUCCGAGCGGCGGCAGAGGAGGCAGGCAGAGCCUGGGCAGAGCCAGAGGAAGGAGAGGAAGAGAACAGAGAGUAACUCAAGUCAGAAGCAGGAUGAAGUAGCGGGGAAGAGCCAGAUGCAGGAGAGACAAGAAGCCGAAGCCAGAGAAAGUGAGGGACAGGAAGCAGAGGCUGGAAGGAGCAAGAGACAGGAAGUAGAGGCUGGAGGGAACGAGAGACAGGAAGCAGAGGCUGAAGGCAGUGAGAAGCAGGAGAGACAUGAAGCAGAGGUUGGAGAGAGUGAGAAGGAGAGACAAGAAGCAGAGCCUGGAGAGACCAAAAGGCAGCAAGUGAAGCCAGUUGGACACCAGGGCCCAGAACAGCCCCAGGACUUAGGGACAAAGCAGAAGGAAGUACCUCGUCCACCUCCCCGUCAGAGACUCAUCAGGGAGCAUAGGAGACUGCAGGCUGAAGGAACCACUGGGUCAGGCAAGGAGGAGAAACAUCUGAAGGGAGUAGAACCCCGAGGGAAGAAGGCAGAGCCUCUGGCCUCUGCUCUGGGCCAGGAUACUCCAACUGGAGACCAACCGAGACCUGAACCAUCAGGACAGAAGGUCUCUGCUAGGGAAAAUCAGAGAGAAGAGCAGAAAGUGACAGCACUACCAAUAGGAGCUGUGUGUGGGAAGCCCAUCACUCUUCAGGUGAAGGUUGGCAGGGCGGAGGCAGAUGAGGUCACCUCUCCCACCCAGAGUACGUGCAACAUUUCCCUCAUGCGUGCCAGUCCUAGAACCAUCUCCUUCCGGGUGAAGUCCAAGAAAGAGAGCUCAGAGAUGCCCUUCACCCGCAGUGCCAGCAUGAGGAUACCACCCAGUAGGGUCAAAUUAGAGGAGAAGCUGGAAAAAUACAAUUCUGCUGUGCAGAGAUCAGAAUCCAUCAAGUGUCCCAGUUCCUCCCGGACCGAUUUGGUCGUGGCGCCUAAGGGUGUGGCCAGCAAGCGGAGCCUCUUUGAGAAGGAACGGGUCAGCUCAAACCGGGCCGAACUUCCCACCUCCCAUCGGAAGGAGGAGCUGAAGCUCUCAGGGGUGGUGACAUCGCGGCUCAACCUGUGGAUCAGCCGGAGCCACAAAUCCAGGGAGGACCAAGUGGCCAAGGAUGUGCAGAGGGAGCCUGCUGCUUCCAUCAAGGGACCUCUCCAGGGAGACAAAGUCACCACCUCUUCCACUGACACACAGCUGUAGCAGGAAGUGCCUCAGAAUCCACCAGCCGGGCUUGGACCCCACAGACCUUGCUCUUGCCCUUCGCUCCUGCUCUGCUUCUCCUACUACUGCUGACCUUGGAACCUGCUGGGAUUGGACUCCAGGUCCUGGAGGGGGACCAGGGAGCUUCUGGGAGGACUGGCAAUCUCAGAGGGAGCUGGCUGGGGUUGAGGACUGAGAGAAAAUGAGGGCAACAAAAUAGUUGCCUUGUUCUGAGAUGUUUCUCUAUCUGAGGCCCCGGUGUUUGCCUCAGUGCUGGGGUCAUGCCCUCUGAGGACACAAGGCUGUGAAUCUGUGAAGCUGAUUCAAUCCUCCCACUCAGCUCUAUGGAAGGCCUCUGUACAGUAGACAUGGGGACCAAGCACAAAGAAGCCACAGAAGAAUAGAAAUAGUCACUUCUCCCUCCAGUGCACCACCUCUACCAGUGACCCCAGGGUGGGUUGCCUAGUGGAAUCUCUCAGCCACCAGAUUUGCUUCUUUCCUUCCCCAGUGUGUUUCUCCAUCUGCUUCUGGAGCUCUCUGGGACUCCCCCAUCCACCCUUCCCUGUCACCCUCCUUUCUUUAUCCUAAACAGCUAUAGGUCCGAAACCUCAAAGGAGGUGUGAAAGGCGGGGAAGACCCAAACAGGCAAGCUUCUUCCAAGCUGCCCGCUGUUCAUCCUUUCAUUUAGACAGUCUGCCCCCCUACCAGUCCCCUAACCAAUCAGUACAACAUGAAUUUAACACUUGCUGGGUUCCGAGUACUGUUUUAGAUUAUUAUUUAAUGCUUGCUGGGUUCAGAGUACUGUUUUAGAGUAUUAUUGUUUCCCCACUCCGUGUAUUAUUAUCAUGCUCCUCCAUCUUUGUUUCUCCACUCCUCGCUGUCUUUCUCUUCUUCCGUCCUCAAGCACCAAGCCCCUACUUUUUGCUGUGGAUAUAUGAGAGAGGGUACAGGGGAUUCUGAGUGUAGAAAGGCCCCAACCCCAGCCUGUUUUGUAGUAGCCCCUGAACCUUGGACCCCAAAGAGGCCAGCAUAGUUUCGCCAGCCCCCCUUGCCUCCUUGGGGAAGUGAAUGGUCAUUUGUGCCAAGUGAGUGAUAAAGAAGGCAGGUGCCACCCAGUUCAGUCUGUUUUGAGGCAGAGAGAAGGAGGGAAAGAGACUACUCACACAUUGGCCACUUGGGCCGAUUACCCACCAAGGCUGAGAUCAGGCUGAACCUGAGGGAAAAGAUGGCCCCCAGUGGUGAGACACGGACCCGGAACUAGCUUGAACUUGGACACAGGGCUGGCUGAAAUUCAUAGAUAACAUAGCCAGUCAGUGGUAUUUCCUCUCUAAAGCCCGGGCUCUGGCUGGCGGAAAGGGUCGGGGGCAUCCAUAGCUUUUAGUUUUCCAACCUGUGGCAGAUGAGUCACUCAUCUCUCCGCUGAGUAGGUUUGAGCUAGCUGACCGCCCUUUCCUUUCAAAGGAGAAUUACCACUGGCCUCAGCCUCUGUGGGCUCAUACUCUGGUUCCAGACAUUUCCUCAGGUUUGGGGGUGUUUGGGGAUGUUUGGGGGUGUGCUAGGAAAGGACCAGUCCAGAGGCUGUGCUGCAACCUGGGCCCCAGCCUGACCUGCCUGAGGUUAAUCUCUGGGAGUGCCUACAGCAGGGGGGCCCCUGAGGGUUGGGGGGCAGGAGGGGCUGGCCUGGCUCUUGGCCCUGUGAGGAACUCUCCUGAAGUCUCCUGGCAUCACUACCGUGGAGCGUUAUCGUGGCUGACAGGCUCCGUCGAGCCUUCCUCCCUUCUCCCCACUCCCCUGCCCCCUGCUUUCAAGGUGGUAUCCUGAUGGAAACUGCUUUCCUGGUUCCUAAACCAGGGGAUUAAUUCAUGAUUCUGUGGAGAAGCUUUUGUCUUGAAUAAAAUCAUAGUUGUCCUAUA